AUGGGCUUCCUUUCCCUCGCUCAUCUCCUCACUAUCUCCACAACAUUACCCUUUACUCUGGCCCAGCUCGGCUUCCUAUCUCCUCGCGACAGGCAGGCUUCGGUCGUUGCAGGUGAUCACUAUGAUGGUUUUGAGGACCCCUCCGGUACUGCUAUUUUUACCAUCAUUGGUAUCGUCACCGUCGGCAUCUGCCUGAUGAUAUUAUUCUGUUGUAUGAUGAGUUACUGCUGCGAAAUUCUGGAGUGCAUCUGUUUGUAUGAGCUCCUCACCAAUUGCCUUCCCGAGGAGCUCUUGGAGGUGGCCUGUAUCGCCUGUUGCGUCAACUGUUUGGUAUCGCAGAGGACGAGGGAGACAAGAUACGUCACAACGACCACUACUACCACCUACACGUACCUGUGA